AUGGCGGCCGAAGAGGGAGCCGCCGCGAAAAGAUCAGCUCGCAGCAGCUCGGGCAGCGUUAAUGGCCGGGAGAGGCGCGUCGCUGUACUGACUUCAGGUGUUACGCUGCGCAGCAGCGACUGCCAAAGCCGGAGCCGUGCCGAUAGCCGAGACGAAAGUUGGCCGGAGCUGCCACGGGUCCGAGCUUGGCCGCCUUCGGGAAGCACUGAGCUCGGCGCCGUGUGCCCGCCUCGCCCGCGGUGGCCGUCAGCGCUCCGUGCGGCUGUGCGCUCUGUGCGCGGACCUGAACGCCUGGCGCAUAACAUCCCUCGAAAUAUCCAAACGCGGUUAAUUUUCUUUAAAGUUACCGCUGACAGUAGGAACACCAGCUCAGUAACUGUGCCUGAAACACUCUUGUUUGUUUCAACUCUUGAUGGAAGUUUGCAUGCUGUCAGCAAGCGGACGGGAGCGAUCAAGUGGACUUUAAAAGAAGAUCCUGUACUGCAGGUGCCAAUACAUGUGGAAGAGCCAGCAUUUCUUCCAGACCCAAACGAUGGCAGUUUGUACACGCUUGGUGGCAAGAAUAACGAAGGCCUGACUAAACUUCCAUUUACCAUCCCAGAGUUAGUGCAGGCAUCUCCCUGCCGCAGUUCAGAUGGGAUCCUUUACAUGGGCAAAAAGCAAGAUAUUUGGUAUGUGAUUGACCUCAUGACUGGGGAGAAACAGCAAACCUUGACUUCUUCAUUCGCAGAAAGUCUUUGUCCAUCAACAUCCCUGCUGUAUCUUGGGAGAACAGAGUAUACAAUCACAAUGUAUGACACCAAGAAGAAGGAGCUGAGAUGGAAUGCCACCUACUUUGAUUAUGCAGCUACUCUGCCUGAUGAAGACGUAAAAUAUAAAAUGUCCCACUUUGUGUCUAAUGGAGAUGGACUGGUGGUGACUGUAGACAGUGAGUCUGGGGACGUGCUGUGGAUUCAGAAUUACGCUUCUCCUGUGGUAGCUUUUUACAUCUGGCAACGUGAAGGAUUACGGAAAGUUAUGCACACAAAUGUGGGGAUAGAAACUCUGCGAUACUUGACAUUCAUGUCUGGGGAGGUCGGACACAUUACCAAGUGGAAAUAUCCUUUUCCAAAGGAAACAGAGACCAAGAGCAAAUUAACCCCAACUCUUUAUGUAGGGAAAUACUCCACAAGUUUGUAUGCAUCGCCAUCAAUGGUGCACGAAGGAGUAACGGUUGUGCCCCGUGGCAGUGCCAUACCCUUACUAGAGGGUCCAAAAACAGAAGGAGUCACAAUUGAAGACAAUGGCGAAUGUGUUAUCACCCCCAGUACGGAUUUAAAGUUCUCAGGCAGACUGAAAGGAAAGAACAAACUCAGCUAUUGGAACGACUUGCUGUUAAUAGGGCACCAUGAAACUCCGUUAUCUGCCCCUACAAAGAUCCUGGAGAAAUUCCCAAGCAACUUACCCAGGAGGCCUGAAAAUGUGAUUCCAGCUGACUCUGAUAAAGUCACUAUUGAAAAGGUUAUUGACAUAGUUGAAGGUUCUGCAACAGAAGUGCCUCCUGCUGUUCCAAAGGAUAUUGAGGAGAAACUUGCUCAGCCUAUUGCUCGGCCAGAAGCUCCUGUGGACUCUAUGUUGAAAGACAUGGCCACGAUCAUUCUCAGCACUUUUCUACUUGUGGGCUGGGUGGCAUUUAUCAUCGCCUAUCCAAUGAGUGUACAUCAGCAACAGCAAAGACAGCAUCAGCUGGAAGAGAAGAUACAGCUCUUGCAGCAACAGAAGCUGCCCUUUCGUGCUCCCAGUGAUCUACCAGCAGAAGAUUUCUUGGACACCUCCUAUGGACAGACAGACAGCUCUGCUACCAGCACACCAAAUAUGUCGCCCAAAGCAUCAAACCAUUCUGCAUAUUCCAGCAUCUCCACAUCUGAUGUUGGGAGCUGCCUUUCUACAGAGCAAGAAGAGGGAGAUGAUGACACCAACAGAGUGAUGGUUGGCAAGAUUUCAUUUAACCCAAAAGAUGUACUGGGGCAUGGAGCUGAAGGAACAAUUGUUUACAGGGGGACGUUUGAUAACCGUGAUGUUGCAGUGAAAAGAAUUCUUCCCGAGUGCUUCAGCUUUGCAGACCGUGAAGUGCAGCUACUGCGAGAGUCAGAUGAGCACCCAAAUGUGAUCCGCUACUUCUGCACAGAGAAGGACCGGCAGUUCCAGUACAUCGCUAUCGAGCUGUGUGCUGCCACCUUACAGGAGUAUGUUGAACAAAAGGCCUUCAGUCACCAUGGCUUACAACCUAUUACCCUCCUGCAACAGACGACAUCUGGUCUUGCUUACCUGCACUCUCUCAGUAUUGUCCACAGGGACUUGAAGCCCCAUAACAUCCUCAUCUCAAUGCCUAACGCCCACGGGAAAGUUAAGGCUAUGAUCUCAGACUUUGGCCUGUGCAAGAAGCUGGCAGUGGGCAGACACAGCUUUAGCAGACGGUCGGGUGUGCCGGGAACCGAAGGGUGGAUUGCCCCAGAGAUGCUGAGUGAAGACUGCAAAGAGAACCCUACAUACACCGUGGACAUCUUUUCAGCAGGCUGUGUCUUUUACUAUGUGGUAUCUGAGGGCAGCCACCCCUUUGGCAAAUCUCUACAGCGACAAGCCAACAUUCUGCUGGGUGCAUACAGCCUAGAAUUUUUGGAUGCAGGGAGGCACGAAGACAUAGUGGCUCGUGAUUUAAUAGAGCAAAUGAUAAACAUGGACCCUCAGAAACGUCCAUCUGCCAGCUGUGUGCUAAAACACCCAUUCUUUUGGAGUUUAGAAAAGCAGCUCCAGUUUUUUCAGGACGUCAGUGACCGGAUAGAGAAAGAAGCUUUAGAUGGUCCAAUAGUCAAGCAGUUAGAAAGAGGAGGAAGAGAGGUGGUGAAAAUGGACUGGAGAGAGCACAUCACUGUUCCUCUGCAGACAGAUCUUCGAAAAUUCAGAUCAUAUAAGGGAGGCUCAGUGCGGGACCUUCUGAGGGCGAUGAGAAAUAAGAAGCACCAUUACAGAGAACUGCCUCCUGAGGUGCAGGAGACCCUGGGCUCGAUCCCAGAUGAUUUUGUACAUUACUUUACAGCUCGUUUCCCUCACCUGCUCCUACAUACCUACCAUGCAAUGCAUAUCUGCUGCCAAGAAAGACUGUUUCAGCACUACUAUGAUCAGGACUCUGCAGAGAAGAGGACUGUAGGAGAUGCUGUUUGAGAGGAGAGCGAGCUGGAACCAACAUUCCAAGCACAGGGCUGUGAAACAGGCCUACCUUUUGCAGGGAGAAGUGGGCUCAAAGAGCUCAAUUGUCUCUUUGAGGAAACCAAGCUUCCAAGAAGUGCCUUGUACUGUGCCUGCACUGGAUCAGGAGAUAGGAGGAGACCAAGGAGCAGUGAAGCUGCAAAAGCAACGAACCCUGGUGAUGGAGUUAUCCCAAGGAAGGUCUCAGGAAAGUGAAGAGGGAGAGCAAAAGCUGGAUAUAACCAUCAUCCACUCUCCUUCUACUGUACUUGAUUUUGUAACUUGUGUUUUACUGCAAAGAAUCAAAAUACAGUAAUUGAAAUUGUAGAAUUACUAGGGGGUGGGACCUGCAAAAGGAACCUUUUAGUUGCUGCAAUUCAGAGCCUGCCAUUGCACUACUGCCACACUGCAUUAGGCAGUGCAGUGAUUGUAGAGGGAAUUGUUUUUAAUGAGGCAAAACCUCAUCUUACCCUUGUUAAUUCAGCAUCACCCUGGAAAAACAAACUCUCCUAUUUGAGCAGAUGAAGUUAUAAAAUGAAAUACUGACUUGAAAAAAAGUUAAAGACUUUACCUACUUCGAAAACCUCAUUUUUUAAUGUCAGCCAGUAUUCACAGGAGAGCUAGAGCAGUACUUGACUUAAAAACGACAGUGUCUGCACAAGUAACAUCAGGAAGAUAUGCUGAUGUCAGCAAUGAACUGCUCCUGAAAUGGUAAUGAUUCACCCACUGCAAGCAUUCCUUCCUUUCUUCUAAAGAAAAGGAGUGUCAGCUGCAGAGCCAGAGGUAAGAAAUGAGUCCUGGGUAAAAGAAGCUAAAUAGGAACUGAGACGUAUCAAACAGGGGAGUUGAUAGGAGGAAGAAAGCUGCAAAGUUACCUCAUUUUCUGCUUUACAUCCAUGGGAACCUGUGUUUUUAAAGAUGCAGUAUUUCUUUUCCUUGGCCCUAAAGCUGUGACACAAAGCACCAAGUGUGUGUGAAGGAUGAAGAAAUGCUGAAUUCUAAUUUGAUAGAGGUGGGUGUGUUCUUCUACAGUGUAUUUAUUUAACAUAUUUAUAUUUAUUUAAUAACUGUUUUGAUACCACUUCCUAGUAAAAAGUGGUACAAGUACAAAGCAUGCCAAAUCUUUCUUAAUCAUUUUUGUAUUUAUAUUUAAUCAUAUUGUAACAACUGGGAAAGUUAUACUGCAUCUUUCAAAAAAUUCAUUAGCUAGAGGAAAAAGUGGAGAUUAAUCUGAUUGUGCCAUUGUGUCUCCAACUAAUAAAUUAUGGACUGUUCUAUGUAUGAGUGAUUGGGUACUUACAGUGACUUUACUGGAACACUUCACUGUAAGGUUUUUCCUAGUUUUACAGUGUAUGAGAGCAAUUUACUUAAGACACUGAGUGUGCAAAUUAUGUAUUUCUACAGCUUAAAGAAAAAAAGUACUUUUAACUAAGGAGAUUCAAAGCCUAUUUCCUAUUUUUGUAUUUCUCAUGUAAAGAUCUUUUAUAAUUCUACUAAAUAAAGACUUGUACUCUCAUAAAA